UCUGGUAGUGCACGGAAGUUGUUGUCAUUUUUGUUCGGUCGAUGUGUUAUGAAACAGUUUGUUGAAAUGCCUCUAGUUUGUUAUUGUGUUUUUGUUUCAUUGGUUCAGUUCAGCUGAUACAGCAGAAUGUGUUGUUACAAUCAUUCGUACCUCGUGUGCUGAUUGGGGCUAGUAAAAGGCUUCGCAGUUUCCAACGUCGUCGUCACAAUCAACGAAUCUCCUCGAAUGCAUCUCGCGCUAGACAUCGUCUGCUACCAACACCAGGAACAACAGUCUGUGAUCGUCCGUGAAAUCGAAGCGCUAUCUGGCUACACUAUCAGUAUCAGUUGAUAAAGGCGCAUCUCAAUUUGGCCUUUCAGUUGCUACCAUCUCAGUCGCGACGAUUCGUCCGUUCGUAUAGCACCCCGCAGUGAAGUGUAUGAGUAUGUGAUUUAUUGCCAUGAACGACGAACGAUCUGAGAUUGAGGCUGCCCGCGGCGCGAGGGAGCGAUGGUACCGGAAGAUUACCGUCGAACCGUCGAUGUUCCUGUACAUGAUGGCAUUCAUGCUAACAUCGGUGGUCGAACAAGUAUUCUUUCUGUACAAAGCUUGCACCGUGAAUCAUGGCUUUUCGCACGAUAUCUGCAUCAACAUCGAGAACUAUCAGGACAUCAAGAAGCAGGUCCAGAUCACCACGUCCACGUUCCACAUGUGGAACAAUAUAGCAAUGUACGUGGUUCCAAUCAUUCUGGCGCUGUUCUUAGGAGCUUGGUCUGAUCGCCGUGGUCGAAAACUACCACUGAUUCUGGGUCUAACCGGUAAACUAAUCUAUUCCGUUAUGAUCGUGGUGAACACUCGCAUGACCAGUUGGCCAGUGGAAUAUAUUAUCUAUACCGCAACGAUUCCCAGUGUCCUAACGGGAGCUGACAUUGCCAUAUUCGCCUCCUGUUUCGCCUACAUUUCCGAUGUUACGACGGUGGCAGAUCGAACAAUUAGAAUUACGAUUCUGGAUGCGACCUAUCUGAGCACAAUGCCGAUCGGAGUCGCUAUUGGCAGUCUGAUCUACAAUCGCACAGCAAAAUCGUUCACCGUACUGUUUGCCAUCAACGCCACCCUGCUGCUACUGUCCAUCAUCUACUCGAUUAUCCGACUAAAAUCUCGAACCACCGACCGACAAGUGUCGAUAACGGAACUGCGCUGGUAUCGCAUGCCCGGAGAUUUCUUCGACCGGCAACAUGUCGUCCAAUCGUUGAAAACCUUUUUCAAGAAGCGUACCAUGAACCGGCGAAUUUAUCUGUACAUCCUGAUGAUUGCUAUGUCCUUCUACACCUUCCAGCGGGAUGAGAAGCCAAAGAUGUACCUUUACACCCAGCUCAGAUUCAACUGGGACGCCGAUCUCUACAGUUAUUUCAAAACUUAUCAAUCGGCCGCUUACGUAGUGAUGAUGAUUCUUGGCGUUCCAUUCUUCACUAAGAUUCUGCAGUUUCGUGAUACGAUUAUCAUAAUGAUCGGCGCGAUGGCUCACGCCACGGCACGCUUCUUCUACAUCUUCGCCCGGGUCGACUGGCUGCUGUACGUCGGAGCUUCCGUAUCCAGUCUGGGUCCAGUGGUGGCACCGGUUCUGCGAUCGAUGAUCUCCAAAAUGGUUCCCUCCGAAGAGCGGGGCAUUAUCUUCUCCUUCCUAUCGGUGUUCGAUAAUGCGGUACCGCUGUUCAGUGGAGUCCUGUACACUCAGGUGUACAACGCAUCGAUCAACACCUAUCCACAGGCAUUCUUCUGGCUAACGAUGGGAACCCAGGCGAUGGUGUUCCUCUUGACGCUGGGCGUCCACAUAUCACUAAAAGGAAAAACUUUCGAAAAGGGUACCACCGAACAACCGGGAAAUGGACUGAUUGAAGGGGAAAAACUACCGGCAACCGUUGGAGCUGCUGAGGCUAUCGAAAAUGAAUAGCUUUCCCUCCAUAUUAUUCGAUUUGAAUAAUUAAAUUAAUCGCCGCGGUUGCUAAAUAUUCCUACCAUUGUAAGUGUAUUCUUUAUUCUCUGAAAAUCGUAUUCGUUUUGUUAGUUACUAGUUGAAAGCAAUAAAUGCAACAUUUGCUCAUCCUACUGCCCAUUUAAGCAAUAACAAACGUCAAUUAAUUGAGAUUGGUUGUGUGGAUUUCAAAAAUCGAGAAACAGACUAGAAAGACGCUUUAUUAAAG